AUGGAAGAUCAACAAAUCACCAUGUCUAUCAUGGCAAAAGCGAUGAUGACCAAUCCAGAACAUGGUUAUGCUUUGGAUUUUGUCAGUCGGGUGAUGACACCGCUGCUUAAAAAAAUCAGUGAUAAAAAAAUAAAAGUGAUUAGCAAUGCUGGUGGUGUUAAUCCAUUGGCAUGUCGUGAUGCCUUGCAGAAAGUGCUUGAAGCACAAGGAUUGGAUUUAAAAAUUGCAGUGGUAUUGGGGGAUGACCUAAUGCCACAACAAGCCGAAUUAAACACACAAAAUAUUAAAGAGAUGUUUAGUGGCGAAGAUUUGCCUAGCCAAUUAGCCAGUUGUAACGCAUAUCUAGGAGCUGUUCCAAUUCGAGACGCACUUGAUCAAGGUGCAGAUAUUGUCAUCACUGGGCGAGUGGUGGAUUCAGCUGUGGUGCUUGCACCUUUGUUGCAUGAAUAUCAAUGGUCCUUAGAGGAUUAUGACAAGCUGUCCCAAGGUUCUUUAGCAGGGCAUAUCAUUGAGUGUGGUGCACAAUGUACAGGUGGCAAUUUCACGGAUUGGCGCUUAGUACAAGGCUUUGACAAUAUGGGGUUUCCAAUUGUUGAAGUGAAAGCAGAUGCAUCAUUUAUCGUGACUAAACCAAAAGGAACUGGUGGACUGGUUUCGGUUGCAACUGUUGCUGAACAAGUUGUCUAUGAAAUUGGUAAUCCACAAGCGUAUUUAUUGCCCGAUGUUACUGCAGAUUUUAGCAAAGUGAAAUUAGAACAGGUGGGUGAAGAUCGAGUUUUAGUGAUUGGCGCAAAAGGUAGAGCACCGACACAACAAUAUAAAGUCAGUGCAACCUAUCCCGAUGGUUAUCGUGUUUUGGUGAGUUUCCUGAUAGCAGGACGCGAAGCCCCUGAAAAAGCCCAACCAAUCAAUAGCCGUGAAGUGGUUGUCAAAAUUGCUGUAAAGCACAUGUUUAAAGAAGCAUGUAUGUUCUUUGCUUCUGAAAUUGCCCAAGCAUCUACCGGAAUGGCACCUGCAUUGGCUGGAAUUGUUGGGGGGCGUCCCAAAGCUUCUCCUGUGAUUAAGUUGUUCUCGUUUUUAGUGGAUAAAUCAAAACUAAGUGUUGCGAUCGACAUCAAUGGUCAGCGUCAAAAUAUACAGAUUCCAUCAGGUUGCUCAGAUCAAUCUUUUGAUGUUGUUGCAGUGGGUGAGGUUGCUCAAUUUACGGGUCAGGAGAUUGAAGUUCCUUUAGUUGAAAUUGCCCAUGCUCGGAGUGGCGAUAAAGGCAAUCAUAGCAAUAUUGGAGUGAUCGCACGUCAGCCUGAAUAUCUACCCUGGAUUCGCGCCAAUUUGACUGAGGAAAAGGUCAAAGAAUAUAUGCAGCAUGUUUUAGACCCUGAAAAGUCUAAAGUGAUUCGUUAUGAAAUCACAGGAUCGGAUGCUUUUCAGGACCAAGUCAUCAUUGUGACCGGUGGUGGUUCGGGUAUAGGACGCUGUACUGCUCAUGAACUGGCUGCUUUAGGGGCUCAAGUGGUGAUUACAGGGCGAAAAAUUGAAAAGCUGGAAAAUGUCAGCAAAGAAAUCAUCGAAGAUGGUGGCAAAGUUCAUUUUAUCGUUUGUGAUAAUCGCGAAGAACACAACGUGAAAGAGAUGAUUGCUGAAGUGAUUGAAAAAUUUGGCAGACUUGAUGGGCUUGUUAAUAACGCUGGCGGUCAGUUUCCCUCAAAUUUAGAAGGCAUUUCUGCCAACGGUUUUGAUGCUGUGGUACGCAACAAUCUGCAUUCAACUUUCUACUUAAUGAAAGAAGCCUAUAACCAGUGGAUGGCAAAACAUGGUGGCAGUAUUGUCAAUAUGGCAGCCGAUAUGUGGGGUGGCAUGCCGGGGAUGGGACACUCUGGUGCAGCCCGUGCUGGGGUAGAUAAUUUAACCAAAACAGCAGCGGUGGAAUGGGGACGUUCUGGGGUACGUGUUAACUGUGUUGCACCUGGUUGGGUUGUUUCUUCAGGAAUGGAUAAUUAUACCGGUGAUUUUGCCAAAUUUAUUAUUCCAAGUUUGGCUGGGAAUGUACCACUGAAACGAAUGGGCACCGAAUCUGAAAUUUCUUCUGCUAUUUGUUAUUUACUUUCAGAAGCAGCAGGUUUUAUUUCUGGCAUGACGAUUCGUAUUGAUGGCGCUGCAUCCUUAGGCACUCGAAUGUAUCCAUUGGCAGAUGCUUCGAAUAGCGAGUCGUUUAAUGGCUUCCAUCGUGCCUUUAUUCCAGAUGUAUUAAAACAACAAUUGAACAGGAGAAAAUUCAUGACUGUUCUCCAAUCCGAAAUUGCAGUUGGUAGUGAGCAAUUUGAACAGAACAAGCAGGCAUUACUUGCUCAAAUUGCCGAAGUGCGUGCAGUACAAAAUAAGAAUAUUGAAAAAUCUUAUGCAGCCAAACCCAAAUUUGACAAGAAAGGUAAAAUUUUACCGCAUGAACGUGUCCGUUUAGCUCUUGAUGCUGAUUCACCAUUUGUAGAACUGUGUGGCUUGGUGGGUUAUGCCAUGCAUGAUGAUAAAGAUGGUUCAGAUGCAGGUGGUGGGAUUAUUUCAGGGAUCGGUUUUGUCAGCGGUGUUCGUUGUCUGAUUUCAGCAAGUAACAGUGCAAUCAAAGGCGGAACAAUGUCACCGAUGGGGGUACAAAAAACCUUACGUUUGCAGGCGAUUGCUUUUGAACAAAAAUUACCGAUGCUGACUCUCACUGAAAGUGGGGGUGCCAACUUAAAUUACGCUGCUGAAGUGUUUACUUAUGGUGGAAUGACCUUUGCCAAUCAGGCACGGCUGUCUGCCGCAGGUUUACCCCAAGUCUCCGUGGUACAUGGCAAUGCAACAGCGGGUGGAGCGUAUCAACCGGGUUUAUCUGAUUAUGUGAUUGCAGUUCGUAAGCAAACUGAGAUGUUACUCGCAGGGCCACCUUUACUUUUGGCGGCAACCGGAGAAGUGGCAACAGCAGAGGAACUCGGUGGUGCAGAGAUGCAUGCACAGGUUGCUGGAACAGCAGAAUUUUUAGCCGAGAAUGAUGCCGAUGGAAUUCGUAUUGCUCGUGAGGUUUUUGAGCAUCUUAACUGGAAAGAGCAAACUCAAAAGUUAAACUUAAGCUAUAAAGAGCCACGUUAUCCUGCCGAGGAGCUCUUAGGGAUCAUUCCUGCAAGUCCGAAGCAGCCUUUUGACAUGAAAGAUGUGAUUGCACGAAUUGUUGAUGACUCUGAAUUCUUUGAAGUAAAACAAGAAUAUGAUGCAUUGACCGUGUGUGGCUGGGCAAAAAUUGGUGGAUUACAUAUCGGAAUUAUCACCAACAAUGGACCGAUUACCCCACAAGGCGCCACCAAAGCUGCACAGUUCAUUCACCUCUGUGAACAGACCAAACGUCCAUUACUGUUUUUACAUAACACCACAGGCUUUAUGGUCGGAACUGAUGCUGAACAGAACGGCAUUAUUAAGCAUGGUUCGAAAUUGAUUCAGGCCGUUGCCAAUACCACUGUACCGAAAAUUUCUAUCGUUGUGGCAGGUUCCUAUGGCGCGGGCAAUUACGCGAUGUGUGGACGUCCAUUAUCACCGCAAUUUAUUUUUGCAUGGCCAAACUCGCAUGUAGCGGUGAUGGGUUCAGCUCAGGCUGGCAAGGUAUUACGUAUCGUAGCGGAAGGAAAGCAAAAAGCUUCAGGGAUGGAGCCUAACGAGCAGAUGCUAGAUUUCUUAGAGCAAAGUACAGCAGCAAAAUUAGAACAGCAGUCAACCGCCUUAUUUAAUACGGCCAUGUUGCAUGAUGAUGGAAUUAUCGACCCGCGUGAUACACGCAAAGUCCUGAUCUUCUUAUUAGAAACAAUUUAUGAAGCAGAACAUCGCAAACUAAAUCCAAUACGAUUUGGUGUAUCGAGGCUUUAA